AUGUCUACCCCCAACAUUGUUCAAGAUCUCCCGGAUCUGUUCGAUUUCACCUCCGACCAGUUUGGUGGUGAUUUCGACGCAGCCAUGGAGCCCACCAUGCUCUCGCCCCACCAGAUCCCUACCGGCAUCAUGGCGUCCAAGGAUCCCAUGGGAGAUGUUCCUUCGGGAACCAUCUCUCCUAAGGAUCUGCUGAUGGAUGCAUCUGCGCCUCCCUCCACCUCUUUCACGGACCUGAGCACUCCGUCCUUCGAGUCGCCAGGCUACUUCAGUCAAGACACCUCGCCCAUGUUCGCUACCGACAUGGAGCUGGGUCCUGGCCACGAGGAGUGGGAUUCUCUCUUCCCUCCUCAGGAUGGCUUGUCCAUUCCAUUUGACGCGGCCGCCCUGGAAGUCACUGAAGCGGCUCCUGCUCCGGCUCCGGCUGCUGCAGAACCCAAGGUGGAGACGCCUUGUGCGUCCCCCAUGGUCCGUAACUCUUCUCGCGCCCCCUCUCCGGGCUCGACCCGCUCCGGCACCAAGCACUCCACUGUCGCGGGUGUCAACGCUCGUCAGCGCAAGCCGCUGCCUCCCAUCAAGUAUGACUCUGGCGAUCCCGUGGCUCUGAAGCGGGCUCGCAAUACCGAGGCCGCCCGCAAGUCCCGGGCUCGCAAGCUGGAGCGCCAGGAGGAGAUGGAACGUCGCAUCGCCGAGCUGGAAAAGUCUCUGGAGGAGGCCCAGCAACGGGAACAAUAUUGGAAGGCGUUGGCCGAGAACCGGGCCUGA